CAGCUAUGACGAAAUGCCCCCAGAAGUUAUUGACGUACUUGAAGAAAAAAUACCGGAUGUUGACAAGGCGUUGGAGCAGCUCAUUGUGCCGAUAAUGGAUUUCAAAGAAUCGCUCGCCACCAUACUAGAUCUAGGAUCCGGAUCAGGGAAUGUAUCAAGGGCAUUAAGCAGGCGAUUCCCUGAGGCAAAUAUAUACGGUAUUGACUACAAUGAGAUGGCAAUAGCAAACGCAAUUUCAACAUCCAAAACCCAAGGCAUCAAAAACGUGAAGUUUCUAACGCUAAACGCUACAUCGCUGCCCGUUGAAUGGACACAGAAGUUUGACUUGGUGAUUAUGUAUGACGUUCUUCACGAUCUGCCUGAUCCCGCCAGUGUUAUGAAAGAGGUUUAUCGUGUCUUGAAGGACGACGGUGUUGCCUCUAUUAAUGAUCCUGGCUUACACAGUAACCAUAGAGACAACGUGGGAAAUACGAACGUGGCAGGAGCAGGGUACGCCAUCAGCACGGUGAUUUGUCUCCCUUGUAGUUUGUCAGCAGAUGAUACUCCUGGCCACGGCAUGGGAUGGGGAUAUGAAAACAAGGAGGCCCUUUUGACUAGUUCCGGCUGGCGUGUGAAAGACAAACGAAAUAUUGGAAGUCAUAUGUCAUUGAACUUCACAUGCGUCAAGGAACAAAGGGAGAACUAUGUAAUCUGACAACUCAACAACAACAAAAAAUAGUUACAAUCAACACAGUCACUACUUUUGUGUAUAGUUUGAUUUUGUUUUUUGCAUGAUUGUGGUUGAUUUUAUUAUUAUUGAAACACAGUUAUGAUAGUUUGGUUAAAUCAUGCUAUGCGUCGAUUACGGACAACUCAAAUUUCAAUAAAAGGGUUACAAAGACUACGUAUAUAUUGUUCUUAUUUCGAAUUAUAUUGGAUACGUAAAGUAUGGUACCUUUUACAUGCUUAUUGGGAAAAGA